AUUUUUUCUUAUAUUACAAAUCUGUACUAAAAAAAACAAAAAAAAAAAUAUGAAUAGUUUAAAAAAUAUAUUUCGACCGUCUAUGCCGAUCUCUAAAACUGUAACUUUUAAACCAGAUGAACAUAUAUCUAACAGUCAAAAAUUGAUGAUCGAACUUGGUCUUAUCAGACAAAAUGCAAAUGGGUUGUUUCAUUUUUUACCCUUAGCUCAAAGAUCUUUGGACAAGUUGAUAUCGAUCGUAAAUAAAAGUAUGAUCGAUAUUGGUGCUCAGAAAAUAACUAUGCCCGUAUUAGUGAAAAGCGAAUUAUGGAAGAAAACCGGUCGUCUCAGUAGUAAUCAAGAUGAUUUGUACACAAUGACUGAUCGCAGAGGAAAAAAAUUCUUGCUCAGUCCAACCCACGAAGAAGUCGUUACUGACUUAUUUAGUUGCGAUCCUGUGUCUUAUAGACGACUGCCAUUAAUGUUGUAUCAAAUUGGCACAAAGUUCAGGGACGAGAUAAGACCCAAGUUGGGAAUAAUCAGGUCUAAAGAGUUCAUAAUGAAAGACAUGUACUCAUUUGAUCGAGACGAAAAGAGUGCUGUCGAAACGUACAACACCGUUUGUCAAGCCUAUGAAAAUGUAUUCAAUUUCAUCGGCGUGAAUUAUAUAAAAGUCAGAGGAGCUUCAGGAAUGAUGGGCGGAAGUGAAUCGCACGAAUUCCAUUAUCCAGCUGACGUUGGCGACGACACAUUGCUGCAUUGUGAGAAAUGUGGGUACGGAGUGAACAAAGAAAUGUUACCGGAAUUACUUGAAUGUCCGCAAUGCUCUAGCAAUCAAAUAGCGUCGACCAAAGCCAUUGAGGUGGCGCACACUUUUCAGCUCGGCACUUUUUAUGCCGAAGCUUUGAAAGCCGUGUACUCUGAUGCAGACAAUAGUACGAAACACCCGUACAUGGGAAGCUACGGCAUUGGAGUUUCCAGAAUUCUUGGCGCGUCGGUCGAGUCAUUAAGUACACAGGACGCCAUUCGAUGGCCCAAGUCGUUGUCGCCAUUUACGGUUUGCGUUAUUCCCGCCAAACAAGGCAGUAACGAGGAGAGCUCGUCCAACAGCGUGUUGAAUUCGUUGUACACGAGUCUAGUAGAAAUUAUCGGAGACGAUGUGAUAGUAGACGAUAGAAAUAACAUGACCAUCGGAAAACGUUUUAUCGAAGCCAAGCGACUAGGAUUUCCCUACGUCAUUAUAAUGGGAAAGAAAAUCACUCAGAACCCGGCACUGUUCGAACUAUAUGACGUUAAUACUAAUACCUCCGAGGAUUACCAACUACACGAACUUAUCAGUAUUAUAAAAGACCAACAUUUUUCACAGAAUCUUCAAGUCGUUAAAAAUGUUAAAUCGAGUUAACAAAGCUGUUAAUAAUAAUAUUAUUGUUGCGAAAUUGUGAUUCUGAUGUAAUUUUAGACUGCUAUGAAAGCGUCGAGUAGUAUAUUAGUAGGUAUAAGUAUGUUAUAAAAAUGUCGUAUUUUACGAUUAAAUAUUUUGAUAUAAUAAAUCA